AUGGAGCCUUCAAACUAUGAGGAUAUCCCAGACAAGCCGAGAUAUCUUGAUUUCCCAUGCCUUGAGGCCGGAACCACGGCCGCAGACGGGAAGCAAGCGCUGAAUAGAUGGUCUACCACGAUUACUAGGGGUCAUGAUUUCCCUGGAGCCCAGUCUCAGCAUAUGGAUCAGGUUCUUACUCGAAAGGCUAUGCUCUAUGCCGCCGGCGUCCCAAAUCGAGAGAUGAUGAAGACAGCCCCACAUUCUGGUGGGAAGGAAAUCCAUGCAAUACAUGACCUUGGAAAAAUUGUCAAGGAUGCGGUGCAGAAACAGGGCAUGCUAGGCUGGCAGUUCAAUACAAUUGGUGUAUCAGACGGAAGCAUGAGAUUCUCACUCCAGACCCGCGAGAUUAUUGCAGACUCGAUAGAGACUGUGACAUGUGCUCAGCAUCACGAUGCCAACAUCUCAAUUCCUGGAUGUGAUAAGAAUAUGCCUGGUGUGAUUAUGGCAGCUGCUAGACAUAACCGGCCAUUCCUAAUGAUUUAUGGAGGCACAAUCAAGAAAGGCUUUUCUAAGCUUUUGGAUAAACAUAUUAACAUUUCAACUUGCUAUGAAGCAGCAGGAGCAUUCAACUACAACAGACUCCAUGCAGCUGCAGGAGCUGGCGAACCAGGGCGAACCCCGAGCGAUGUCAUGGAGGACCUGGAACAGCAUGCUUGUCCUGGCGUUGGUGCGUGCGGGGGAAUGUACACAGCUAACACAAUGUCAACUGCAAUCGAGGCUAUGGGUUUGUGUCUCCCGGGCUCAUCUUCAAAUCCAGCUGUAUCUCCGGCAAAGGCGCGCGAAUGCGAAAAAGCUGCAGAUGCCAUCAAAAUAUGCAUGGAGAAGAAUAUUAGACCGCGAGACUUGAUGACAACAGAAUCGUUCGAAAAUGCGCUGGUCGUUACGAUGGCUUUGGGAGGCUCAACGAACGGAGUCCUGCACUUCCUAGCCAUGGCCGGCACAGCAGAAGUACCACUCACAUUAGAUGACAUUCAGCGUGUUUCAAACAAAGUUCCAUUUAUUGCAGAUCUGGCUCCAUCUGGCAAGUUCUUCAUGGAGGAUUUAUACAACAUUGGCGGAACACCAUCAGUGCUGAAGCUUUUAGUUGCAGCUGGACUUUUGAAUGGCUCCAUACCUACCGUCACUGGAAAGACGCUCGCGGAAAAUCUGGAGCCAUUUCCUUCUUUACCUCAGGAUCAGGUUAUUAUCCGGCCCCUUUCAAACCCAAUCAAGCAGACAGGCCAUCUCCAGAUCUUGCGAGGAAAUCUUAGUCCUGGUGGUGCAGUCGCAAAGAUUACCGGCAAGGAAGGACUUGUCUUUACCGGCAAAGCUAGGGUUUUCGACAAAGAGUUCGCAUUAGAUGCGGCGCUCAACAAGGGACAAAUACCACACGGGGAGAACCUCGUCUUAAUUGUCAGAUAUGAGGGACCUAAGGGCGGGCCGGCAUGCCCGAGCAAUUAA